AUGGCGCAUAGCGCUAAGAAGCCGCGCCUGGAUGGUGAGCAGUGGCCAUCUGCUAACGUCGCCGGGCAGUCGGUCGAUGUCAUCUCGGAUGGCGUUCCGGGUUUUACUGCGAUGGUAAAUCUCAAUGUCGGCGGUGUAACAUACACGACAACGUACCGCACACUUACGCGUCACACUGGUUCGCGAUUUGAUGUCUACUUUCGCGAGCUUUUUAACCACCUGAAGCACGGUGCGCCAACAAGUAAUUUGGGAGACGACUUUUUGUACGUAGCAGACGAGCGUUCAGGGCCACAUCCUACUGUUUUCAUUGAUAGGGAUGGACGUAGGUUUGAGUAUAUUCUAGAUUACUUGCGCGAUGGUGAUGUUGCGUUGCCGGAGGAUGUCACUCUGCGUCGCCAAUUACUACAAGAUGCGCGUUACUUUCGCCUCCCUGAGUUGGAGAAUACGAUUGCAUAUAUGUUAGCACCCGAAAAUACACACGCGCAAACACAUGUAAUGACUCCGUCGAGAAAAAUUACAACUGUUAGUCCCGACCGGAUGAUGUUGGACCGGAUGUACUCCAUUCCGACAGAUAAAAGCAAACAGAUGAGUUCCCGUUGCGAUGGUCACGGUACUCAGAGCCCAUGUAACUUGGAUAGUUCACGUGGUCAUCUUCAUAAUUAUGAUGACGCCAACAGUUUGUUUUUUUCGCAGCGAAGUUACGACGACGAGGGCGUUAGCUCCCAAAAGAGUUACUUACAGAUGGAAGAGAGCGACAACAUUGAGGAAUCUGGAGUUUUCGUACAGACUACCCCAGUUGCCGGGUUGGGAAAGAUAGAGUUUUCUACGUCAGUAGACUUUUGA